CGAGGUGCCCCCCCCUGACGCUCUCCCUGAGCUCCCAGGGCACCCCGCGCAGACCGCACGCUCGGGAGCGGGCCGCGCGGGGCUGCGGGCUGCGUGCGGGGCACGCGCGGGAGCCGUCGGGCCUCCCGGCGGCUCGACUGCGCCGAAGAGCUGGCGGGGGUGCAGAGGGCGGAGACGGGAAGGGAGGGAAUGGGGCGGGGGUGAAACGAGGAGGGCUGCAGGCGGGAUGUGUCAACCCGCCGCAUGAACAGAGGCGAGCGUCUAGAAGGAUUUCUCCCCCAUCCAGCUGGACCAACGAAGAGACAACAAGGGCUCGGCUCACCAGCAACACGUUCCGGCGCAGAGUGGCGACCAGCAGCAACGUCACCGCGGCGGAAAUUGUGGAAGACACCCAUGCGUCUGCCUUGCCUCUGUCGGCAUGCUUCCGUACACGCUGGCCCUAGAACUUCAUCCUCUGGGAAUCUCGUCGACGCGGCCUUGAGCGUGCACGCGAAGGGUUCGGACUGGCCAGCCAGCACCUGCACACCAUGGAGGUGGCGUGCAGCAGCUUCGGACAACCUCCAGUGGCUUUCCUACCGCUCGGAGAUCGUGAAACGACUCGUCCUCAUCAGCUGCG